UGGGAAACAAGGCCUGCUUUUUAUCACCAGUCAUUAAGUUACGUUAAAUAAAAAUAGCUUCGUAAAUUCCAUCGUCCUGCCCGGCCACACUGGAACUGUGCAGAUAGAAGAAAUAAGCUGAAAAUCUUGCCGGUUCACAGCGGAAAGAAGAUCCAUAGCAACAAAGAUGUUAGCGUCGCCCGUGGUGAACACUUACCCUCUAUCCAGCUAUACCUUCGGAACCAAAGAGCCGAAGAUGGAAAAGGACACCUCCGUCGCCGAUCGUCUUGCUCGAAUGAAAGUCAAUUACAUGAAGGAGGGAAUGAGGACUAGCGUUGAAGGAAUUUUAUUGGUGCAAGAGCAUAAUCAUCCUCAUAUUCUUCUUCUCCAAAUCGGGAACACAUUUUGCAAACUUCCUGGUGGGCGUUUGAAGCCGGGAGAGAAUGAAAUUGAUGGUUUGAAAAGGAAGCUCUCCAGCAAACUAGCAGCUAAUUCUUCUACUAUUCAGCCGGAUUGGCAGAUUGGUGAAUGUGUGGCCGUCUGGUGGAGGCCAAAUUUUGAAACAAUUAUGUACCCUUAUUGCCCUCCACACAUAACGAAGCCUAAGGAGUGCAAAAAGCUAUACUUGGUCCAUCUAUCUGAGAGGGAGUAUUUUGCUGUCCCCAAAAAUUUGAAACUUCUUGCAGUGCCAUUGUUUGAACUAUAUGACAAUGUUCAGAGAUAUGGACCGGUGAUAUCCACAAUUCCACAGCAGCUGUCCAGGUUCCAGUUCAACAUGAUCCAUCCAUAGUUUGAGGACUUUCAACAGCCCUUGUCCAUGGACACGAUAACAAAUAUGAAUUCCGCAUGGUUUAGAGGUCAGCUUUGAAGAGUUCUAGUAGAACAAACACUUGUGAAACAAAACUGUCGCCUGCUUAGUCGGCCGUUGACCUGAAAACGCGUAAAACUGAGAAGUAAUUCUUUUUUGUAUGCUUCAUUUCUGAUUGAUGUUUGAACUAGAGAGGCAGUGUUUUUUUGCAGACACUGUUCACUAGGGGUAGAAAUUGUAAUUUAGUUUCAUUGUCAUUGUUAUACAGACUGCGAUAUUGCUUUAAAUUGCCAGUAUUGUAACCGCUGGCACCGACAAGCCAUUCUUUGGUGCUUAGCGGACAUAUUUAUUAUAGGUGUAACGACUAACGAUAGUGUUGAUUUUGCUUUGGCAUUAUCUAAAAUUUUAGAUGGUCCUUUUAGCUUUCUUUGGGGAGCGAAUUGUUUUUCUGGUUCGUAGUGAGUUAACGUGGAAGGACCGUAUGGUCUCU